AUGUUGCGUCAUUUCCUUUCCUUGCUGGGUGAUAUUCUAUUGUACACCAUCAUUCAAGUUUUGCCCCCUAAACAUCCUCUCCAUUCUCCCCUUAUUACUGCAAAUCGCGGAUUUGAGCCGCCUGCCACAAAGCUGAUACUGAGACAGGAGGAGGGUUCGCCCCUUGGAUCUGAGGCUCAGCCAGUGUCCCAGAGAUUCCCUUUUUAUCACCCCCCUCUCAGAGCUAAGAUUAUAAAACGCGCACCAAGAUCCUCCAGCGUCACCAGUGAAGCCAAGCGAGACGUCGGAGAGAAGGGGUUAAGAUCACCAAGGUCGGACCUCCUGCCCAUCCUAGAGGGGCCCGGCGUGGCGGGCCGCGGACGGGACGAAGGGAGGGGCGGGACCUGGAGGCGUCUCCAAGGCCGCGGCGACGCGUCCACCCUGGGCGCGCCGGAGGGGUCUACUCACUUGCUUGCCGGCUCCUGGUUUUCUACAGGACUGGCGGGUGGAAGUAGCAUGCUGCAGCGGGCCCAUUUUCCGGUUGAGAAAGCUAAGGCGCACAGCGCACUUGCUUCAGGUCACACUGAGUGUUUGCGUGUGGUGUACCCGGCACGAGCGAUAAGGAAGAUGAUCAUAUUUCUUCUGCAUGCCUUUCUGGGCCUCUUGCAAGAUCCCCACCUGCAGGCUGUCCAAGCCCUCACUGGGAUACCGAUCCGUGAAUCCCUGGGAGCCCUGGGGACGAAAGGUGAGGCUGUCCCCAGCCACCAGCUGCCACCCGUGGAAUCUGAUGCAGGGGACCGACUAGCCAUGGCAUCCAUGCACUCUGCAACUGGGGCUCAGGGGCUGCUGACGUUUGAGGAGGUGGCAGUGAGUUUCUCCCAGGAAGAGUGGGGGCAUCUUGACUGUGCCCAGAGGGUCCUCUACAGAGACGUCAUGUGGGAAAACUACAGAAAUCUGAUUUCUGUUGGAUUCAUGUUUCCCAAACCUGAGCUGAUCUCGCAGCUAGAGCAAGGGGAGGAGCCAUGGGUUCCUGAAGGUCCAAGACCUCCUGAUCUGGGACUGAUUCCAACCUUUUCUGCAGGUGAUAUGCCUGAGACCCCUACCCCACCGAUGGAGGGCUGUGAGGCUGGUGACCUCCAGGGACUCCUUUCCCCAGCCCUGCCCAGUGGGGACGAGGCCGCUGGGGAGCCUCUGGACAAGGUUCUCUACUGGCGCACCUCAGAGGGCAAGGAGCUGAUCCCCUGCGCUGCCGCUGACUGCCCCUGGCCACCGCUUUCUCCCCCAGACCCGUCCAAGCCUUACCAGUGUCCGCAGUGUGGCAAGGGCUUCAGCCACAGCUCCAACUUCAACCGCCACAGGCGCAGCCACAGCGUCGAGAAACGGUUCCAGUGUCCUCAAUGCAACCAGCGCCUGAGCUGGAGCUCGGACCUGAUGCGCCACUUGCGCACGCAUAGUGGUGAGCGGCCUUUCAGGUGCACACUGUGUGGGAAGGGUUUCGGCCUCAGCUCUGACUACGCGCGUCACCAGCGCACGCACACUGGUGAGCGGCCCUUCCCAUGCCCCCAGUGCACACGGAGCUUCAGCCGCAGCUCAGACCUGGCCACGCACCAGCGAGUCCACACCGGUGAACGGCCCUUCCGUUGUGCUGACUGUGGCCGCAGCUUCCUCCGCAGCUCAUCCCUGCUUAUGCACCAGCGUGUCCAUACCGGGGAGCGGCCCUACCGUUGCGGGGACUGCGGCAAGUGCUUCCGGCUAGGCCAGGACCUGGUCAAGCACCGGCGCACCCACACGGGUGAGAGGCCCUACAAGUGCGCGGAUUGUACCAAAUGUUUUAGCCACAGCGCCAACCUAAUCACGCACCGGCGCGUGCACACCGGUGAGAAGCCCUACAAAUGCCUGGAAUGUGGAAAGAGCUUCAGCCAGAGUUCGCACCUCAUCAUCCACCAGAGGGCGCACACGGGCGAGCGCCCCUACAGCUGCAGCGACUGUGACAAGAGCUUCAGCAGCCGCUCCUACCUCCUCAAGCACCGCAGGGUCCAUACUGGUGAGAAGCCUUAUGGCUGCGAUGUGUGCGGGAAGAGUUAUAGUCAGAAGACCAACCUCAUCACGCAUCAAAAACUGCACGGGGCAGAGAGGCAGCCAGGGGUGACACCCUGUAACCUGGUGGAGCCCGGGCCUAGAUCCUGAGGCUUUUUUCUGGGGCUGGGAUGUGGCUCAUUGUGGGGAGAAAAGAGGCGACCCACUUCCAGGAGUCUAGGCCAGACCUCACCCCUCCCCAGUGAGAAUUGCCAAGGGGGAAUUUGGGGCCACAGUAGAAUGGGGGUGGGAUAGGGGAGCUUGAAUCGAUUUCCUCUAGACCCCAUUUCUGGUGAUUUACUUGCCCCCAUGCAAAUACCUGGGGUUGUGUGGUGCCUAAGUGUAGUCUUUGGGACUCAGGCCUCUGCUCUUCUGGCCUUAGAGCCACUCCCAUGCCCCCCGGAAGUGUAGGGUCUCCAGAGAGCACUAGGCAGCAAAUCCCUGGGUGUUUCGGUUCCCAGGGAAUACCUGGGAGCGGAAGAUACCAAGCAAAAGGAUAGCAGGUUGUAUGGGGCUGGAAAAAGCCAACCAACCAACCAGCGCUUUUUAGAGUUUUCUCACCACUAUUAACUUGGUCUCGUCCUAGGGUUUUCACCCCACACCUUAGUGGGUCACUGGAGUCUCUGGUCUACCUCAUGGAUGGCAUUAAAGAGGGAGGGGAAGGUGGCUCCGUCUUGAGGUGGUCUUCCCUCUGUUUCUAACCCCCAAAUGACCUUCUGAGCUGUGUAGCUUAGGUGCCUUCAUUUGCAUCAGGCCAUCAACUUGCUUUCUCCUCAGCCACUCAAAUCUUCAGCUUUCAAUUAAGAAGCCAAGAUACUCUGAACUUGGGUGGCACAGCGGAUGAGGUUUUUGUUAUAAUUACACUCGGCCCUUCCCCAACUGGUGUAAUUUCCUGCCCAAGUUUCCCAUUGAGACAGGAUGUGGUGGAAGUCCGGGUAAUUAGAAAUGAAAACAAAACCAAAUAAAAAACAAAAAACGCUUCUCUUUUUUUCAUUUUAUUUUAGUGUUGUAUCCCCUCCUUGUUUUUUCUUUUUUAAAAAAUUGUACUUUAUAUGAAGGUUUACAGGACAAAGUAGUUUCUCUUUAAACAGUACACAUUGUUUUAUGACAUCGGUUUAACAACCCCACAACGUGUCAACACUCUCCCUUCUCGACCUCGGGUUCCCUGUUACCAGCUUUCCUGUGCCCGCCUGCCUUCUGGUCCUUGCCCCAGGGCUGGUGUGCCCCUUUAGUCUAGUUUUGUUUUAUGGGCCUGUCCAGUCUAUAGCUGAAGGGUGAACCUGAGAAGUGACUUCAUUACUGAGCUGAAAGGGUGUCCGGGGGCCAUACUCUCAGGGUUUCUGCAGUCUCUGUCAGGCCAACAAGCCUGGUCUUUCUACAAAAAAACACUUGUGUUUCCUGGAACACAGGGUUGAAUUCAAAUAUGGGCUGUGUUAAUGGCUUCAACUUCCUCUCAGCACUGUGGUUGUUUCCUAGCUGAAGAGUUGCCAGAAGUGUAAGUUGUGGGUGGAAACGAUACCCUUUUGUCAAUGCCCCACUGGAAAAAUCAGAGUUUCCAGAGGUGGAAGUUGUUCCCAAAUUUCACCGGACUCACCUCCUGGAGAGUGGGCUGCCCACCUGUGUCCGCAGGGAGUAACUUUCUUGAGCACCAGUUACUCCCUGCGUUAAGCUGCCUUUUCAUUGGAAGAAGAAAGCCAAUUUCAAACUUGUGGUUAUUGGAGACCAGUAUUUCUCUUUCCAGAUGAAUUAUUUGGCCCAACUCUGUUUUCCUGGGCUGUCUUUGGGAAUUAGUUUAAAGCUAUUGUUUACAAAUAAUUUUAUCUUGGUUUACUAAUUCUGAACUUUUCAGAAGCUAACAAUUUCUAGGCAGAGGGGUUUUCCUUUAACAGUACGAAUAGAGCGCUCAGGAUAUCAGAAUUGUUCUGCCAUGGUGUGGCCAAGUUGGGAGACUGCAUAUUCUCCAGAACUUAUCAGACUCUGUGAUCCUGAAAUACUGUAGCAACUUACCAUUGAACUAGGACCUAGGGCAGUGGUUCUCAGAUUUUAGCGGGAUCUGUGAGCUGUGUAUGACUCAAUGGCGUUGCGUUUUGUUUUUUACUCACAGAGUGUCUGAUUCAGUAGGUCUGGGGCAGUAGGGCUUGAGACCUUACAUUUCUUAGUUCCCAGGUGAUGCUGUUGCUGCUGAUCCAGGGACCACAUUUUGAGAAUCUUGGCCUAGUGUAAUAAGAGACACCAAUUGUUUUGAGCUCCCAAUACCACCACCACAGGUUGCUGCCCCAUAAAAGGUGAUCAGGAUCUUCCAACCUGUGUAAACUGUAUUGGCAAGAGGUAGAGCGGUAUGUUACAUGUUCUCUAGCUGCUAGGGGCGCUUUAUAAAAUUGUUGCCCCAGUAGGUCAUUGGGAAAAGCUCAGAAAAGUGCUAGGAAAUAAGGAGUGGAGGUGAGAUCUUGGUUACCUAAGACUAAUUACAUAUUUUAUUGGGAAAAAAUAGUGACAUGGGCAAAGUUGGACUUAGCCACUUUACCACCUUUCGAGAUCCUUCUUUUUGCUGGUGACUUGCCUUUGCCUGUUCUUUCUCUGCCUGUCUGAGGUACAAGUCCUGUUAAGCCUUGCUCCUAGACCUUUCUCCUUAGGCUGAAAAUUAUAAAUGGCUCAGGUAAUACCCCUUUUCAGAAAUUCCUGAAAUAAAAAAUAAUCUGUGACCCAGGCACAUUGCUGAUGGUCCUGACUGAGACACUGCAACCUCAGAUACAUUUUCUAGAUUACAUGCUGGCUGCUUGGAUGCAGCUCACAGAUAGGAUGAGCAUUCACCAGAAAGAGAGGUGGGCAGGAAGGACACUGGAUUUAGGCAACAGACGUCAUCCAAUCUCUUGGUUCCUCAACCUUGAGGGAAGUAGAUCUUGAUACCUGUGGAUACCUCCAAUAGACAAUGCCUCCAUGUGUCUUUUCCUUCUAUCCUGAUGAGCACACGCACUUUUUUUCUGGAAGUCUCUGUGUGAAUAAAAGAAGCAGAAACCUGUAUGCCUGACCCCUUUUAGGAUCAGGGUUGUAAUUCUGAAUUUAAAACUUGCUACCUAUUCUGACUGGUGUUUUCCAUGUCAACCAAAUAAACAUACUCAUAUUUUGCCUGGAUUAAUGCAGUUCAUGAGUUUCUGGGUGAUGCAAAUGGUUAAGUGCUCAGCUAAUAACCAAAAGGUUGAUGGUUCAAACCCACCCAGAGGUGCCAUGGAAGAAAGGCCUGAGUGCUUCUGAAAGGUUAUGUGCUGUGGAACUCGGUUCUACUCUGCAACACAUGGAGUUGCUGUGAGUUGGAAUUUUUUUUUUUUAAUAGUGAUGAUAAAAAGGAGCAUUCACCACAGUCUUUGGUUCUUUGUAAGAACACCAGUCACGAGGAGCAGAGGGUUCUUGGGGGCAUAGAACCCAAGAGAGAGGUCAUCUGACCCAGACCUGUUCAUUGAUGAAGCUGAAAACCAGAAAACUGAUGGAAGGAGUUUGCUCUAGGUCACCUAUCUCUGUGGUAGCAGAGUGCAGAUGAUAAUCCAGGCCUUCAGUCUCAAUCUAGGGCUUUUCCCGUUCACCAAUUCUUGAUUUUUUUUUUUUUUUUUGCAUAUUGAUGAUUCUAACCCGUGUACCAGAAAGACUUCAGUGUGCCUUACAUAAAUAUGCAGAAAAUAAGUAUGAGAGAGGCUGGACAAAGAAAAAAGUAGAAUAGGAAAAAUAAGGUGAAACCAGAAGUCAGGCGAUUACUCCAAAACUAUACUCUGAGGAGAUGCACAUUUCCUGGAAAUAAGUUACAGAUUUAACAGUAAACUUACUAGCUGCUGUGCAAAGAGGGAAAAGUGAUUGCUUAGUUUCUUAAAAACUAAAGAUCUUCUUCAAUACUAUUUCUAGGUAUUUACUCAAGGGAAAUGAAGUCUUGUACACAAGUGUUUAUACAAGCUUUAUUUGUAAUAAACAAUUGAGAGCAGUCCAAAUGCCCAUCAAUGGGUAAAUGGAUAAACAAAUUGUGGUAUAAUCAUAUGAUGGAAUACCACUCAGCAAUAAAAAGGGAUGAGUUGUUGAUACAACUAUAUGGACAGAUCUCAGAAUAAUUGUACUGAAUUAAAGAAGUCAGACCAAAAAGAGCACAUCAUGACUCCAUUUAUAUAUUUUUAGAAAAUGCCAGCUAAUCUAUAAUGACAGCAGAUCAGAAGUUGUUGGGGGCUCCAGGGAGGCGGGGAAGGGGAAGAUUACAAUGGGCAUGAGGAAAAUUGGAUGGAUAUGCUCACAUGAUUAUGUUUGUAUGAUUAUGGUGAUAGCUUCAAGGGUGUAUGCAUAUGUAAAAACUUAUCAAAUUGUACACUUUAAAUAUUUGCAAUUUAUUAUAUGUCAGUUAUACCUCCAUGAAGGUGUUAGAAAAAGUUAUUGCUUGUGUGACAGGAGACAGUUACUCCUAUCAUUGAGAUGUGUGAGAAAUUUUCCCUCUGAGAGUUUCAUGAUGUUUUUUCUUGUAAUAUUCCUCAGUGUAAACCAAUGGCAGAAGGUCAAAACACCUUUUGGCAAGAGUAAUUCUAUGAAGGAUGUGGGGAUGGAUGGAGAUAAGGAGGUGGAAAAGAAUGUAUUUUGGGUGUGCAACUCUGCUGGUCUGCUUUAACCUGGGGAUGGGAUUUUAGAUCAUCAGAGGAAAAGUUGUAUUGCCAACCAGCUCAAUGAAUUGUAGAUUAUCCUGGCUGCUGCCCUCAUCAUCCUAUGUCCCUUUGGUCUCAUCCUGGGCUCUUCUGGGCAUAUCCUGCUACUGUCCUCUGAAAUGUGUCCAUUGCUGGAAGCCGAAGGCCUUUUCCACCUGCUCCUCCCACUUGAUCAUGGUCUCCUUCUGUGGCACUGCCAUCUCUAUCUACAUUCACCCUAAGACCAGCUAUGAUCUGGCUACUGACCCUCUGCCGUCUCUCUUCUACACUGUGCUCACCUCCAGCUGUAGGAUGGGCUGAAUCUCAAAGAACUGUGGGAUGGCAUUAGGGCCACAGAAGGUCAAGGAGAGGAAGUGUGGCCAUUGCUCCACACACCCACGCCGGCCCCACUAGCUUUAGACACACCCAGUGGCUCAGCAGCAGUGGAGAGCGGAGGGGCUUAAAAAUGGCUGCAUAAUGGUUGUAAGCCAUGGCUGCCAGGAGGCAACACUCCAUAGCACCAAAAAAGAGAAAGAAGAACAUCUGGAGGGCACAGCCAGAGUGAGGAUGUGGCGCUGGCCAGUGAGGAGGUGGCGAAGCAGCAGAAGGGUGGUGACAGAUGUUAACCCUAUCUCCAAGGCUGAGAGGAUCCGGAGGAAGAAGCACAUAAGGAAUUGGAAGGCAGCAUAUGUUGAGACCGGAACCAUGAUGAGGAGGUUGCCUGCCACUGUGGGUAGGUAGAUGGUGAGUGUCUUAGUGAGUGAGGUAUUUCUGCUAUAACAGAAAUACCACAAGUAGAUGGCUUUAACAAAGAGAAGUUUAUUCUCUCACCGUCUAGUAGGCUACAAGUCCAAAUUCAGGGGUUAUCAACUCCAGGGGAAGGCUUUCUCUACCGGCUCCGGAAGAAGGUCCUUGUGAUGCAUAAAUCUUCCCUUGGUCUGGGAGCAUCUCAGCACAGGAACCUCAGGUCCAAAGGACACACUCUGCUCCUGGAGCUGCUUUCUUGGUGGUGUGAGGCUCCCAACUCUCUGCUGCUUCCCCUUCCUUUUAUCUUUUGUAAGAUAAAAUGUGGUGCAGGCCACACCCUAGGGAAACUCCCUUUACAUUCGAUCGGGGUGUGACCUGGUACGGGUGUUACAAUCCCACCCUAACCCUCUUUAACAUAAAAUUAUAAUUGCAAAAUGGAGGACAACCACAGAAUACUGGGAAUCAUGGCCUAACCAAGUUGAUACAUUUUUUUAGGAGGACGUAAUUCAAUCCAUGACGAUGAGAAAGAAAAGAGCAAGGCCACGAGGUCAACCAGGUGGGAAAAGACUACAAGAAUGAAUUCAGUCACCAUGGAGGUGUUUGCAUUCAUCCUGCUCAUAUUGCUUUGGACUGGAGGACAAAAGAAAUGGCAAGGGGAAGUUGGAAUUAUGGAAUUGUGAAAUCAGCAAAGAUUACACCUUUAAGCAUCAGAUCAAAGCAUUGGAACUGCCUUUCUUUUAGAGUCUCAUGGCCUUUGAAAUUAGACAGCCCAGCAUGGAGUCCAGCUUAUGUCCCUGUUCACUCUUGAACCCUGGGCAAAUAUUUGACUCUCUGAGCCCAGUUCUUCCUGCGGAUCUCUUCCUGGUAAUGCCUACCUUUCACAAGAAUACACUGAAUUCUGUUUUUGGUUUCUCCUAGGGAUGGAGAUUGAAUUAUUCAAGCCCCGCUUAUACGCCUUUCUCCCUUUCUUAUCCUUUCCACAGGGCUGGGGACAGAAUUCCUCCAUGCCCUCCACCUCCCAGCCAAGAUGUUUUUCUGCUCUUCGGGGCUGUAAAAAUCACACUCCAAGUCAAGGGUCUACUUUUUCUCUAUAUUCUCCCUCUGAAAUCCCUCUACCUCUUUUACUUUGCUUCUUUUACAUGUUUUCUCUCCCCUUUCCUCUCAACUUGUCUCCUCUGUGACCCAAUUUUUUCCUUUUCCUUCUCUAUUUUUCCUUUCUUCAGCUCUUUCUUUAGUUACUAGAUGCACCUAGUUGCUCUUCUUUUUCUAUCAUUUUAUCAUCAUAUAAAAUUCAUAGUUUUCAAGGCGGAGGGAAGGAAUUUGAGAGGUCAUCUCCUUCAUGCUCCUGUAGGCAGUUAAUCAGUUCAGUUAUCCAGAGGAGUUUUCUUUAGUUUUAAAAGAUGUUCAGGAAGAAGAUGGCAAGACCUUCCUUGAUUGCCUAUUUCUGCUUUUACCAGCCUAUUAAAUGUAAUCCCCUUAUACUAUAACAUAUAUGCAAAUCCCCAAACUAUGAUAUACUUAUCACAGAAACUCCACAAAGCCACACAUACAUGUCACAUUUCUAAAUACAAGCUCAGAAAAAUAGCCCAAUAUCCUCGUAUGGCCAGGUCAUAAAUAAAUCAUAUAUUGUAUAUACCAUGUAAACGUCAUUUCAUAGAACAAUGAAAGUCAAAACACAUUAAAUGUAAAAAUAUAAACACACCCAAAGAUUCACUUAGAUAGAUAAAUAAGUCCAAAUGCUGCACAUGAAUCUAACCGCAUACAAUAGCAUAUAGUAAAAAUACAAGCCCACAAACUUAUAUUCUCUUGCAGUUGGAGAGUCCUUGGUUCAUUCCAUUUGGAAGCUUUUUCAGUGUUUUCAAUGAGGUAUUAUGUGGAUAAUGUCUUUUUGGAGAUAUAACCAGUCAUCAAGGCAAGAGGGUAUUUGAUGGCUAGCUCAUUUUCUCCUUUCUCCAUGUAGUAGAUCCCUCACAAGGAAGGUACUCUAAGGUUUGAUGUCUCUUUAAGGUCUCUGAGGACCUGAGUCUCCAAACAUAUUUGAUUUUCCAAUGGGGAGAACUCUUUACUUAGCCAAUUAAUCUGUUGUUUCGGAAUCUGUUCCUUAGGCGGCAGGAAAUGUAGUAUGACCUGUCAAGAACAUCUCAGGGAAAUGUUUCGGGCUGAUGGUCUCUUUGGCCCUCCCACAAUCUUUCUGGGUCAACUAUUUUAAUUUUUUCCUUCUGAUUUUCUUCUUUUCAUCACUAUUGAUGCCCUAGAGCACCUACAAAAAAGGCCUUUUCCAUGUUGGUAAUAAUGCAGUUUUAUCUGCCUCAUUGCUAUUGGUAUAAUGGAGUGAUCAAUUUAUUUGAUAACCAUUCAUAGAAUCCCUUGUAUAGUUCAGUCAUUCUGCAAAGCUCUAAGAAUACGAGAGAGAAAUAAACUUAAUUUUUGACCUUAGUGAGCUAAUACAUGUAAAUCUUGUGUUGAUGUUUUUAUUAUGUAAGAGCUUUCUUUACACUAUCAUCAUUUGAACUUGUUUGAUUUGUUUUCUUCUCUGUUAUUAUAAUUUUUAUACAUGCGGUAAAGCCUGAGUGUCAGACAGGAUGUUAUCAAGUCAAGUAAUAACCGUUACAACAACAAGCCCCAAACUCACACUGGUUUAAGCAAAAGUUUAUUUAUUGGUUCAUACAGCUGGAAGUUCAGGGUUAACCUAUACUAGAUCUCCUUAGUUUCCUUGCAAUUUCUUUGUACCUGUCCCCUUUACUAGGUUUGGCUGAAAGUACGCAACCCAAAAUAAUAGUGGCUCAAAAAGGAUAAAAGUGUAUUUAUCUCUCACAUGAACAUCUGAAGUUUUCUACUUCAGGGUGAUACUGCUUCUCUGAUCCAUGAAGUAAGUCCUUACGGAUAUAGUUUUCUUUCAGCUCAUCAGCCUGCUAUCCCUGGAAUGUGGCCCCUAAACUAUUUAUGGUUUAAAAUGGUAGCAUCAGUGUUACAGAAAGCAGAAUUGAGUAAGGAAAAAAAUAAUGUACUUCUUGAGUCAAGUCUGUCUGAAGGAAGGUUUCUAUGGAGGUUAAGACAUUUUCACCUACAGCCCAUAUAGCAGAAUUUAGUGACGUGGUCACACUUAGCUUCAAAAGAGGCUGGAAGGAGUUUUUAUUCUGGAUUGCCAUGUGCCCAGGUAAAUGAUUUAUUAAUAUACCGUAUGUAGUAUUCUUGCCAAAGAUGUUUGAGUAUAAUUAUAAGGAAAAAUAAGACAAAUGCAGAUUGUGGCACAUCCUAGAGAAAACUGAUAUAGACUCUUCAAAAAAUAUUAAUGUCUCUAAAGACAGAAAGUGGGGAUGGUACUGUUCUAGAUUGAAGAAGACUAAAAAGCACGACAAUCUAAUGUAAUAACAUGAAUUAUGAACAUAAUAAAACAAAAAAACAAAGCAGGUCUAAAAGAAUUUUGGAGUAAUUGGGAAAAUUGAAUAUGAUCUUUACAUUAUUAUAUCAUUAUUAAAUUCCUUGAGUGUGAUAAUGACAUUGUACUUAUAUAAGAACGUGUCCUUGUUCUUAGGAAGAU